CUUCCCCCCCGGAUAUCCAAAUAGCAAGCCGCCCACGAACAUGUAGCAUACACACGACAAAAUGUCCUUCCGCUAUUCUGCGCGUAGGCUGCGACUGCAAAGAUUAUCCACACCAUGCAAUGUCUCGCGGACAGUCAGAGCACCUGCAUGGCAGUGCCGAGGCGUGGCUUCGACUGCCAACGCUGAAAAAGUUCUAUUUCCUGGUGCUCUGAACAGCGAGUUCACAAACACGCUCGAGUUUCUACAGCCGUCCAAGUCCAAAGACGCGAUAUCGACAUACCGAUGUCUCAACCAGUACGGCGAGAUCAUAGACAAGAGCGUGGGGGCAGACACAACAGACGAGGAAGCACUUGAACUGUAUAAGAACAUGGUGAAGCUGAGCGUAAUGGACCUCCUCAUGUUCGAAGCCCAGCGCCAAGGCCGUCUCUCCUUCUACAUGGUUUCCGCUGGCGAAGAAGGAAUAUCAAUUGGCUCAGCAUCGGCCUUGCACCCCUCGGAUGUGAUCUUCACCCAGUACCGCGAGUCUGGUGUGUACCUCCAGCGCGGCUUUACCCUCGCACAGUUCAUGAACCAGCUCUUCGCCAACAGCUCUGAUAACGGCCUGGGACGCAACAUGCCCGUCCACUACGGAAGCAAAGAGCUAAACAUCCACACCAUCUCCUCCACCCUGGCCACUCAAAUUCCCCACGCAGCCGGCGCCGCCUACGCCCUUAAACUGCAGAACCAAGGCACCGUCGGCCGCAUCGGCGCCCCCGCAGAAGGCGAGGAAGUCGAACGCGUCGUCGUCUGUUUCUUCGGCGAAGGCGCCGCCUCCGAGGGCGACUUCCACUCCGCGCUCAACAUCGCCGCCACCCGCCAAGUGCCCUGCAUCUUCAUCUGCCGCAACAACGGCUACGCCAUCAGCACGCCCACCUCGGACCAGUACCGCGGCGACGGCAUCGCCUCGCGUGGCGCCGGCUACGGCAUGACCACCAUCCGCGUCGACGGCAACGACAUCUUCGCCGUGCGGCGCGCAGUCAAGUCCGCGCGCGCCCUCGCCCUCGAGGACGGCGGCCGCCCCGUGCUCGUCGAGUGCAUGGCGUACCGCGUCGGGCACCACAGCACGUCGGACGACUCGUUUGCGUACCGGCAGCGCGUGGAAGUCGAGGACUGGAAGCGCCGCGACAACCCCAUCACGCGGCUGCGCAAGUGGCUCGAGAGCCGCAAGGUGUGGGACGAUGCGGCGGAGAAGACGCUGCGCAGCGAGACGCGCAAGGAGGUGCUGCGCGCGUUCGAGGAGGCCGAGAAGCAGAAGAAACCGAGUCUCAAGUAUGCGUUUACGGAUGUGUGGGAGGAGCUGACCGAGGAGCAGAAGGCGCAUGUGGGCGAGAUGAAUGAUAUCCUCAAGCGCUACCCUAAGGAGUACGAUUUCGAGGGUUAUGAGGGCGGCGCUGGUGGGUUGGAAGAGCUGCUGCAGAAGAAGUAGACGUUCAAAGCAUUAAAUCAAUACACAUACACACCAUGAGAGCGAUUUUAG